CACAAGCGGUCGCCAUGACCCUGUGCGCAUUUGUUUUAUCGUGGCUAAAUUUACGUCGCGUGUGAAUUUAUACGUUAGUUUGUAAAGUGUUUUCAGCAGUUUCCACGGACUGCACUUUGUACAUUAAACAUUUUUUUUUUUCGUGAUUCAUAAUUAUAUGCCAAAAUAACAGAAUAUAAUCCAACAAUAACACUACGUGGAUGCCUAUUGAUUUACGAAUAAUGAUUAACGAGCGGCUAAAAGAAAGUGUAUCAUAUCUGUAAACAAAAUGUCAGCGAAUUCAAAAAAUCAAAUGUAAAGCUAAUUUACAGUAAUUUGUUCUAAUUCCUUUAAAAUAUACAAGACACACACUCACACACACAGAAUCACACAAGGACACGCACUCGAGCGCAUAACAGCAACAGGAAGCAUAUGCACAAUGCUUGCAACAUUGUUAGUGUAAGCAACUUAACCGAUUCUCUCAACAAGCAACAAAACACAAACGCGGACCGAGCACAAAAGCCAAGUGAGAAAUGUUUGACUAAUCGUUUCUCGUUUAAAUGCCAGCAUCAAAUCAUGGACAUUUCUGAACGCAAUAAUUUCUUCGCUUUGGAUGUAUAAGUAUCCACUCUGAAGUUUCAGACAAUAAGAAACGGCUCGUUGAAGUUAUAAGAUUCACCGCAUUCUUCUAGCUGAUGAAAUAUGGAAUUGCUGCAGUUGCUGUGUUACACAUGCCUUCUACUUCUUUCGAAGAUGCUAGUGUUGCAAGCCGUUAGCUGGGAGGAGUGGUGGACCUACGAUGGCAUAUCAGGUCCCGCUUUUUGGGGUCUCAUCAAUCCGGAAUGGUCACUCUGUAACAAGGGACGUCGUCAGUCUCCGGUGAAUCUAGAGCCGCAGCGAUUGUUAUUUGAUCCGAAUCUUCGUCAAGUGCAUAUUGACAAGCACAGGAUAAGUGGAAUUAUAAGCAAUACUGGUCACAGCGUAAUUUUUACAGCCGGUAACGAAACUGUGGCGAAUUACGAUGGCAUGCAGACACCAGUGAAUAUAUCUGGUGGUCCACUUUCUUAUCGUUAUCGUUUCCAUGAGAUACACGUACACUACGGACUUAACGAUCAAUUUGGCUCCGAGCACAGUGUUGACGGCUACACGUUUCCGGCAGAGAUACAAAUAUUCGGUUAUAACUCACAGUUAUAUGCAAAUUUCUCAGAUGCCCUGAAUCGUGCGCAAGGAAUCGUUGGAGUCUCCAUUUUAUUGCAGCUGGGCGAUCUGUCCAAUCCCGAACUACGAAUGCUGACCGACCAAUUAGAACGUAUUCGUUAUGGCGGCGAUGAGGUCUUUGUAAAGCGGCUGUCUAUACGUGGACUCCUGCCUGACACAGACCAUUACAUGACGUACGAUGGGUCAACAACGGCUCCGGCUUGUCACGAGACAGUCACUUGGGUGAUUCUCAAUAAACCAAUUUACAUAACAAAGCAACAGUUGCACGCACUGCGCCGCCUGAUGCAGGGCAGUCCUGACCAUCCAAAAGCGCCACUGGGAAAUAACUAUCGUCCUCCACAGCCGCUGCUGCAUCGGCCCAUCCGCACAAAUAUUGACUUCAAAACAACGAAAACAAAGGCCGCUUGUCCCACCAUGUACCGUGAGGUCUAUUAUAAGGCAACCAGUUGGAAACAAAACUAAAAGUCAAUGCCAUAACGUUCAGUUUAAAGCGUGAGACGUUAGUAACGUGUGGCUUGCAAAAGGAGCUUCCAAUAAAUAUACAUAUAUAAUAAAAAAGCGGAAGAGUCAAAGAGGAAAGGACAGGAAAAAAAGGGAGCGAGUAAAGCAAAAUAAAUUUAAAACUGGCAACGCAUAACCAAAUGGCAAUUAAAAAAUAUACAUAUACUACAUAUAUAGAUAUACAUAUGAAAAGACCCUAUAAAACAUAAUAAGAGUUAAUGGUGAUCAUUUUUAGAUCAACAUUAAAAACGCCUGUUGAAUGUUUUUUUUUUUUUGUAUAAUGCAUAAGGAUAUAAAGACAUAUAUAGACAUUAAUCAUAAACGUAAUAUACUGUAAAAUGAUAUAAGAUGCACAGUGAGAUUGUCGCAACAACAAUAAGAUCAAACAUAUAACUACAAAUUAAA